UUCAUCAUUAGUCAUUUCUAUCAAAGGCAUCGGGAGUGUAACUUCAACAAGUCUGCAACUGGAGCCCUUUCACCCGACUAUAUACCGACUAUGGUGGAGAGUGUGUUAAGUUAGGAACAAACUGAGUAAGUGCAAUUGAGGAUUCAACAACCGCUGUUUAGACCUCACAUUUUCUCUGAUAACAUGGGAGGAGUGUGCGUUUGUUGGACUUGCAGACCGGUGUGGCCACUUUUUAUUCUUCUGGCUACAAUGCCGUGUAUGUUGCUCUGCUCAGACAGUCCUGCAGUAGUUGUUGGCAAAAUGUAUCCACGCGGCAACCACUGGGCAGUAGGUCAUUUGAUGGGAAAGAAGAGCAUCGAGCACCUGCCUGACCGCGACUACCUCACACCCUCAGAAACAGCCGGGGUCACAGAGCGACUUCUGGAGGCUCUGAUGCAACACAAGAACCAGAAACAGACGAUGCCACAAACUGCAGACAUGCUGCUUCGGCUGCACGGCGACAGAGACAAAUAUCUCAGAGAGAUGUCAGACCUGCUUCUUCUGGUUUUGAGACUGCGGGACAAUGACUCCACCUGAAUGCAAGACUUAACUCAUAAAAGUCAUCAAUAUAUCUAAAGAUAUGCAUCAUAAUCACAUAUUCAUUCAAAGUGUAUAUUUUUGUUCUGCUGUAAGAGUACGCUGGAAACCAUAUAGAAGUUUAUUUUAUCACUAAUUUGAAAUGUUUGAAUAUGCACAUAAUGCAGCAGUUUGAUUACAGACUGACAUGACGAGGUUAUGUUACAUGAGCUGAGAAUGCUGAAUAAACUUAACGUUGUGAUAACUGCAUUAUCAUCAUGC